AUGUCUGACUCCAACACGUGCUAUUUUGAUCAGAUCAAGCGCUCUUUCGCGGAUGUACCAGUUACUGACGAAGGCGUGGACACACUAGCGUUCUUGGAAGCAUGUGAAGACUUGGUCAAGUUGUUCGAUCUGUUUGAAAGUAAGGCUUUCGCUGUUGUACAGAACGACCUCACCGGCAACAUAGCGAAAAUCCGCAAGCGCUACGAUGCUUGCCCCGAGAAAUCAAAGACUCUCGAGUCCCUGGUAGAGAAUGAGAAGGCCGAAAAGAAGAAGGAUGCCACCCAAGGUUUACUCUGGUUAACACGCGGCUUGCACUUCACCUGCGAAGGUCUUCAAUUAACCCAGAAAAAUCCUGGUGAAGAGUUGUCGGUUUCGUUCACAACGGCUUAUCAAGGUACUUUGAAAGAUUACCAUUCGUUCGUAGUAAAGCCAAUAUUUGGGCUUGCCAUGAAAGCGUGCCCGUAUCGAGCAGAUCUAUUUAAAAAAUUGGGGGCCAAGGAGAAAGUUGAUGUUGAAUUAGAAAAAUGGCUUUCCGCCUUAGAAAAGAUUGUCGUCCGAAUCCAAAGUUUCUACGAAAAAGGAAACUAUGGCAAAGGUCUUUGA